UCAACGUAAAACUCCUAUUUCGGUGCUGUUUGGAAGCUGAGAAACGGUGGGACAAAUAAGACCCAUGACAGAAAAUCCCAAGCACUUGCUAGACAGUGUCUCCGAGUCUACCCGUAGGCCAUCUAAAAUCGCAAAAACCGCCGCCCAAAACCUCAGCAACGACGAAGAGGAACAGCAAGAAGCGCCCAUGGGCCCAAGCCCUAGAACCCAACGAUACCUGGUUGCGAUCGAGUACAUUGGGACUCGUUUCUCCGGGUCUCAGCAGCAACCUAACUUCCGUACCGUCGUUGGCGUUCUUGAGGAAGCUUUUCAUAAAUUUAUUGGCCAGCCAGUUUCAAUUUUUUGUUCAAGUCGUACUGAUGCAGGAGUGCAUGCCUUAUCAAAUGUUUGUCAUGUAGAUAUUCAACGCAUAAGCAAAAGGAAGCCUGCUGAAGUGUUACCACCUCAUGAACCUACUGUGGUCAGAAGAGCUGUGAACCAUUUCUUACAGAAGAAUGAAGGUGAUAUAAUGGUGAUUGAUGUUCAAUGUGUUCCAGCUGAUUUCCACGCUAGAUUCAAAGCUCAAGAGCGCACGUACUUCUACCGCUUGCUUUCUGGGCCAGAACCUUUGUCGACCUUUGAGAGGGACAGAGCGUGGCAUGUUCCUGAGGAGUUAGAUAUACUUGCUAUGCAGGAAGCAUGCAAAGUUCUUGUCGGGCAUCAUGACUUCAGUUCCUUUAGAGCAGCUGGUUGUCAGGCAAAAUCACCAAUUAGAACUUUAGAUGAACUCAAUGUUUCUGAGGUAGUUUCGACUCCAUAUUUUCCGUCCAUAGUUGAAAGGAGACAGAACAAUCUAACCACAGAAGAUCUUCAUGCAAGCUCGAACAAGUCUGAGAGUGACCUGCCUGUUAGUUCUAUUUCCAUUGAUGAUAGGGCAAGUGGCUUUAAUGGUGAAGCUUCUCUUGGAUUUGGCAUAAGAAGAAGGCAUCGUUGCUUUGUGGUAACUGCACGUGCACGCUCUUUUCUUUAUCACCAGGUUAGACUGCUCGUUGGUCUUCUAAAAGCUGUUGGAACUGGAACCUUGACAAUCUCAGACGUUGAAAGAAUCCUUAAUGCAAAGAGUGUGACUGCUGCAAGUCCCAUGGCCCCUGCAUGUGGUCUCUACCUUGGGCAUGUGAAAUAUGAUCUGCCUUGAGAGGAAGUAUAAAGGAAUCGUGGUUUCUUCUAGACAUGUCAUGGAGUUGUUUGGAAAUUAUAUAGACGUGUGUGUGUGUGUGUGUGUGUAUCGGAAUACACUGCUUUCAGAUUAAUGACGACCUUGUUGCAAUGGCCCUUUGACAGAAUGGUCUCUGAUCCAUGCACUUGUGAUACUGCAAUUCAAUUGUCUGGGUUUUUCUUUUCUU